CGUUCAUAUUCGCUUUCGUAAUUCUGUCUGGUUUCAAUAUGCAUUGAUAGAUACAUAGUGUUUGAAACAUGUGUGCAUAUCAAAUGCACGAUAAGCUGUUCUGAUAAUGGGAACAUUACUGGCUGGUAGUGGUGGGGAUCAGGCGGUAUGAAUACGAUUUAAAAGAUACAUCUUUUCAAUAGGGCUUGCGCUAAUUAGGAGUUCGGAGAUGCGUCUCCUGAAUUGAAUGGAUAGUUACCCGCAUUAUCUCCCACCUUUAUCAAAUCUUAUCAAGCCUGCUAUUGACCUAUUGUGUUGUCAUCCUCUUCAAGCUGCCGUCCUUGACUAGCUAAGUUGGCACAGCUGUCACUCAUUUACUCAAAUCCAACUACUAAUACUAGAGUGAGCUGUGCCGCCUCCUAUUCCUCAUCAGCAUCCUCGUCAAUGGAAUCCCCUCCCAAUGGUUAUAGAAGGAAUGUUGGUAUCUGCCUCAUAAAUGAUUCGAAGAAGAUUUUUGCUGCUAUGAGGUUGGAUAUACCUGAUUCUUGGCAAAUGCCACAGGGUGGCAUUGAUGAGGGUGAAGAUCCAAGAAAUGCAGCCAUCAGGGAAUUGAGAGAAGAGACAGGAGUUCAGUCAGCAGAUAUUCUUACAGAGACACCUCAUUGGUUGACCUAUGAUUUCCCACCAGAAGUUAGGGCAAAACUUCAGAGACUGUGGGGAUCAGAUUGGAAGGGUCAAGCACAGAAGUGGUUUCUUUUUAAGUUCACUGGGAAGGAUGAAGAAGUCAAUCUUCUAGGUGAUGGCAGUGAAAAACCUGAGUUUGGCGAGUGGUCAUGGAUAUCACCAGAACAAGUAGUUGAUCUUGUGGGCUGUGGAUUUUAAGAAGCCUGUUUACAAGGAAGUUUUUGCAGUUUUCGCACCCUAUUUUCAAUAAACAUUAGGUUCUGCAAUAUCAGAAGGCUUGUUCCUACCGGAUAUGACAUUAUGACAUCCAUGUUACACACUUUGUGCAGAAAUUAAAUGGCGUACUCUUACUUUCAUUCAUUUUUUGGACUAGAAGUAUGCUUUUGUUUGGUUUAAAUCACAUUUUCUCUACAUAUAUUUUACUUGUGGAUGUUAUGCCCCUUUGAUAAUUGUUUGUCAUAUUAAUCAUGAUAAACCACUUUCUGCCUACUGCACUGAUCCUGUUUGUAUCUAAAUUCGAUUGAAUUUGACUCAUCAUACUAAACAUAAGCCCAUUGUCAUCAGAAUCUAAGAUUUGAUUUGAGUGAGUGUUAGGCAAUCUCUUGAUAUGUGUACAGUAAGUGGCUUGCGUCCAUGUUGCAAGUACUCUGACCGUUGGAGCAAGUUUCAUAAUGCAGACCACGCUGAUCUGUGGACUUGUUUCGGUAGAGUACAGGGGCUUUGCAUUACAAAGAUCAGGAACCACUACCCUUGUAAGCUUGUAUUCUGCAGCCAUAAUAUCAGAUAUUCAGACAUUGAAAUGCUCAUGGUCACCAGAUCUAAGAUAAGUAAAGUAACUACUGUUUUUUUUUCUGCAAGAAAUUAUGUGUUAUUCUCGUGUCUGGGUCUUUGUCAUAUAAUUGCGCGUGCAUCUUAUAGAAGAGUUAGCGCAGGGAACAGAAACCAAAGAAUAGGUUUCUCUUUCAGACUCAUGCAUGUCAACUUUUUAAUUUUAGCGUCUUCCUCCAGAUAAUGGGGCACUUGUUUCUCUGCAUUUCCCAAGGGGGUCGUAGACGACGCCAGUUGUGUGAGGGAGACCUGAGACCAAUACGAUGUAGAGGAAGUUCCGAGAUAGUAUCGAUCAGGAGAUCUGCCGGCCCUAAGCGAUUAUUGAUUUUCAGACACUUUGCGUUAUUGACCACCUUCAUGACCGGCUGAGCCGCCAUUCAAGGGCCUGAAGCGGCCAUCGUACCUCCUGAAGCUUAUCUAAUACUCUUCAACUCUUGAUGCAAUGCAUUGCAGAAUUACCAAUCAAAAUUAUGGUGCAUCAGCCUGUCAUAACAUUUCCCCACCACAGUAGAGAUAUGCAGAAACAUUCGACUGUCAUAUUUUCUUCCAUAGACUGCAAAAACAGUCAGAUUUACGUCUCAAGCAAACGUUAAGGUGAAACUUCUCUCAGUCAAUCAAGGGCAGUUUCAACUUCUACUAAUUGUGGGGUAGUUUUAGUUCAUCAACUGAUAAAACCAGUAAAUCACAAAUAGAAAACAUGCAGGAUGACAUUUUCAAUGUGCUGAUAACAAUUUCAUAGAUGAAAGUACAUA